UGCCUAAAUGCAGCCCCACAUGAACCAUGAGCAAAAAAAAGGCUUAAGCCACACCCAGUCUUUUCUACCGGCUUGCACUACUUCCCUCUCUCUUUCUGUCUUUUCUACCAUCAUCCACUCGUCUCUCCAUCUGCUGCAGGGAUGGCGGAACUGGAGGGCUUUGAGUUCGGCAAGUCCGACUUUGUGCUCCUGGACGAGGUGACCAUGGAACAGUUCCUGGAGAACCUCAAGCUCAGGUUCGAGAAGAGCCGAAUCUACACGUUUAUUGGAGAGGUGGUGGUGUCGGUGAAUCCCUACAGGCAGAUGGAAAUAUACGGGAAGGAGGCCAUUGAUGCGUACAGAGGGAGAGAGCUCUAUGAAAACCCACCUCACCUUUACGCAGUUGCUGAUGCGGCCUACAAAGCCAUGAAGAGGAGAGCGAAAGACACCUGCAUUGUCAUUUCAGGUGAAAGUGGAGCAGGAAAGACAGAAGCCAGUAAAUAUAUCAUGCAGUACAUCGCUGCAAUCACCAACCCCAGCCAAAGAGAAGAGGUCGAGAGUGUGAAGAACGUGCUCUUGAAAUCCAACUGUGUGUUGGAGGCAUUCGGGAACGCCAAGACCAACCGCAAUGACAACUCUAGCCGAUUCGGGAAGUACAUGGACAUUAACUUUAACUUCAAUGGGGAUCCAACGGGAGGACAUAUCAACAACUACCUGCUGGAGAAGUCAAGGGUCAUCCAUCAGCAGGAGGGAGAGAGAAACUUCCACUCGUUCUACCAGUUGUUGCGUGGUGGUGCUGAUGACCUGCUGAAAUCUCUUCAUCUUAACAAUGAUCCUUCAUUGUACAUGUACACCAAACAGGGCUCCACAGUCAGCUCGUCCUCUGAUGACCGUCGGUGUCACAAACAGGUGAUGAGCGCGCUCAAGGUGAUCGGCUUCAGUCAGGAGGAGAUCAACUCCAUCUAUAAAAUCCUGGCCACCAUCCUGCUCCUGGGGAACCUGCAGUUUGUGAGUGAUGGCGAGACCGUUAAGGUGGUUGGAGGUGACGCAGUGACACACAUCGCUGAGCUCACAACCUCCGAGGACGAGAGUGUGUAUAAUACACUGUUGCAUCGGACAGUUGCCACAGGGGGUGGUGAGGUCAUCUCGAAAGGGCACAGCGAGGAGGAGGCUAGCUAUGGCAGGGAUGCUUUCGCCAAGGCUUUAUAUGAGCGGUUGUUCGGCUGGAUUGUGGCUCGUAUUAACAGUGUGAUCGAAGUAAAGGACUACAACCCGGCUCUGCAUGGCAAAAACACAGUGAUCGGAGUGCUGGAUAUUUAUGGCUUUGAAAUCUUUGACAAUAACAGUUUCGAGCAGUUCUGCAUUAACUACUGUAACGAGAAGCUACAGCAGCUUUUCAUUGAGCUGAUCCUAAGACAAGAACAGGAGGAGUAUCACAGAGAGGGCAUCACUUGGCAACAUAUCGACUACUUUAAUAACCAGAUCAUUGUGGAUCUAGUGGAGCAGGCGCAUAAGGGCAUUAUCUCCAUUCUGGACGAGGCCUGUCUCACUGUUGGAAAAGUCACAGAUACCGUCUGCCUGGAGAGUAUGAACAACAAGCUCGGGCAGCACCCUCACUACACAUCCCGCAAGCUGUGUCCCACUGACAAGAGCAUGGAGUUCAACCGUCAUUUCCGCAUCCGACACUACGCCGGCGAUGUCACGUACUCAGUAGAAGGAUUUCUGGAUAAGAACAAGGAUCCACUUUUCCAGGAUUUUAAACGCUUGAUGUAUAACAGUUCAGACCCGGUGCUCAAGGACAUGUGGCCUGAAGGGAAGCUGAGUAUUACGGAGGUGACCAAGCGGCCACUGACUGCUGCAACACUCUUCAAGAACUCCAUCAUUGCCCUGGUUGAUAAACUCGCCUGCAAGGAGCCAUACUAUGUGCGCUGUAUUAAACCCAAUGAGAUGAAGUCUCCGAUGUUGUUUGAUGAGGCGCGCUGCCGUCAUCAAGUAGCCUACCUCGGCCUGCUGGAGAAUGUCCGUGUUCGCAGAGCAGGCUUCGCCUACAGACAGCCCUAUGAACGCUUCCUGCAGAGGUACAAGAUGACAUGUGAGUACACGUGGCCUAAUCACCUGAUGGCAAGCGACCGCGAGGCUGUGGAGGCCAUCAUCGUCCAGCACGGCUUUGAGGAAGAUGUGGCAUAUGGACACACCAAACUGUUUGUGAGAACUCCUCGCUCGCUCUUCACGCUGGAGCAGGAGAGAGGAGCGCUCAUUCCCAUCCUCGUCCUCUUUCUGCAGAAGGUGUGGCGUGGUGCCUUGGCAAGGAUGCGAUGUCGGCGCAUGAGAGCGAUCUACGCCAUAAUGGGCUGCUAUAAGCGCUACAAAGUAAAGGCUCACUUCUGGGAGGUGGAGAGACGCUUCGCUAACGUACGCACCAUGGAGGACUAUGGGAAGAGUGUGGAGUGGCCAACUCCACCAGCUGCCCUGCAACAGUUCCACAAAAUCACACAACACCUACAUCGCAGAUGGAGAGCGAGACGGAUCGUGAAGAACAUCGCUCCAUCCGAUAUGGCGGAGGUGCGGGCGAAGGUGGCGGCUAUGACUGCUCUGAGCGGAGAGAGAAGGGAUUGGGGCCACAGUCGAGCAUGGGAGAGAGACUACCUAGCCAGUGCAAAAGACUCUCCGUUAACCAGCUCCAAUUUCGUGCGCAUCACCAAAGAGCUGAAGAACAAAGACCAGUACAACCAAGUCCUCUUCUCUAGCUUUGUCAGGAUGAUGAAUUGGUUCAAUAACACAAAGGACAGAGCUCUUCUCAUCACCGACAAGCAUAUCUACAGACUCGAACCCAAGAAGCACUUUAAAGUGCAGAAACGAAUAGCAAUCGAGACUGUUACAGGUUUAAGUGUAACAAGUGGAACGGACCAGGUGGUGGCGCUACACACUGUGUCUCAUGAGGACAUUUUGCUCCACCUCCAGAGGGGUCAGCUGUCGACAAAGCAGGACCGCGUCGGGGAACUUGUCGGGACUUUGUGUGAUCAUUUCACACGGGUGAGGAACUCCCCCCUGACUGUUAAAGUGUACUCUACUGGCAUCCAAGUGCAAUUGAGUGGUAAAGCCAAGACAGUGACGGCGGAGACGAGGCCCGGACAAACCACCGUUGACUUCAAGAAAAGCCGCUCAGGAUUCACUUUACUGCUUCCUCCUUAGUGAAACAACUCCUGAUUGGCCAGAAUGCCUUUGACCAAUAUAAGCCGGCACUUUUAUGCAUAUUACAAGUCUCAUAAUUCCCCAAUUUUGUUCAAGCUCAUUUCCCACCUAUCAUUGUUAGUGCAGGCUCCCAUCAGGGCAGAAACUACUAGCCAAAGACUAGGUGAAGGAUAUCACCUGCUUCCUCCGGGACACAUGACGCCAGCGGACUUCAUCUUUUCGAACUGCCAUCAUGCACUCGCGAUGGUGGCAAAUGAACAUUUUCCUUCUUUGCUGUUCAGGAUUCCCAAUAAAAAAAUUUUUAUAAGUAGAUACACCAAUCAGCCAUAACAUUAAACCCUAAAACAAAUGAUGACUGGUACUUUGGAAGUUCCCCUUGUGCCACCAGACACAAGACCUCUAGGGGUGUGCUGUGGUGUCUGGCAUUGAGAAGUUAGCGGCAGGAUCCUCUGGGUGUUUUGGGUUGAGGGGUGGGGCCUCCAGAGCAUCCCAUAGGAGUUUAGUUGGAUUGGGAUUUGGGGAGUGUAAAGUCUGCACCAGUGGGAUUGAGCCCUGUGCCUGCCAGGCUCCAUACAUUCUGGGUAUACUGAUACCCUUCUAUUGAUGGUAUGAUUGACUUUUCUGUGGGAUUGGAACGAACAGGCUGACCUUUUGACAAUGCAGGCAUAGGUGAGCCUUGGUCCCCCAUGAUCCUGUAUAUAAUUAAUAAUCAAUGUUAAUGUUAUGGCUAAUUGGUGUAUGUUUAUACCAUUUAAGAGUUGGACAUAUUCAUAUUGUUUCUUCAGCAAUGUAUCAAGCUUUUUUUCAAUUCAUGUUUUUAAAUAUUUUAUUAAUUUUAUUAAAUAUUGGGAUAUUUCUCAUUCAUUGCUUUAGUACCUGCUUAUUUAUAGCACAGCAAUAGCUAUAGGAUUUCAUUUUUAACAAGAGCUGUAUUUAUAUAUAAGGAUAUAUUUUGUGCACUGUAUUAUAUAGACUUGAAAAUUAUCAUGCAUUAUUUUUAAACAUUAACAUCAUAUAUUAAAAGAUUACUAUAGCUUUUACUAGAGAGAUAGAUUUAGGAGCUUUAAACAACACCACUAAUUAUUAAUAUGAAUAAGUUGCUCCAGUUUUUACAGCCAAAAAUAGAUCAUAUUUUAAUAAGAAAAAAUAUUUAUUGGACAAGUAAAAUUCCACUUAUAAUUAGGUAAGUGUUUUUGGUGCAGGAUAAUGCGUUUGGUAUCCAAGCCUUCUUCACUGGGACUGACCGAUACAGAAGCCACACCAACAUCAGUGGGACAGACAAACACACAGGCCAUGCCUACUUCAGUAAGAGGGGGGUAGGUCAGAUGUUAAGGCAUUGGAACAACCAACCCAGCCAACAAAUUGCCACUGUUGGGCCCUUGAGCAAGGCCCUUAAUCCUCAACUUCUCAGAUGUAUAAUGAGGCCAUGCUUUCGUCAUUGGGACUGAGAGACAAUCAGGUUAUGUUUUCUUCACUGGGACUGAGAGACACACAGGCCACACCUCCUUCACUGGGACUGACAGACACUGAUGUCAUGCUUUCCUUACUGAAAAAGAGAAUAAAAAAAUAAAAAAGUGCCAAAUAAAAGUAAUAGUGUGGAAAAACUGUGAGAA